GACAGACAGCAGAUCUGCAGCCUCACUGACUGCUACACCUGAACACUCACCAAACAGUGCCGACAGCACACAAACGGAGAGCCAAGUGAAGGCGAGGAGGAGGAACGGCAGGGUCUCAAAAAAUUAAAAUAAAAAAUAAAAACGCGGAAAAAGAAGAAUAAAAAGGCGGGGGAGGAGGAGAGGGGAGAAGCGGCAGCCGGCUGGCCGGGACACGCAGCCCGUCUGAGGGGAGAAAUCUCCGCCACGACCGUCACAUCACAUCACAGCUCGGAGAUGACAAAGUCCCAGUGAAGCAGAGAGAGAUGUCGCAGAAGAAGAUAUUCCUGGUCGUCAUUGCCAUCAGUACUGUCAGUCUUCUGCUGCACCAUGGGGGUCACUUGAACUGGCCCAUGGAAGCCUUCCACCUUGGUUGUCCAGCCCUGCGCUCUCACCCAGCCCCAGGCCUGAAGCCUAAACACACCAAUGUUGUUUUCCUGAAGACCCACAAAACAGCUAGCACCACCAUGCAGAACCUGCUGUUCCGAUUUGCAGAGCGCAACAACCUGACGGUGGCAUUGCCCGUACAGGCCUGCAGUCACCAGUUUUGCUACCCGCGCUCCUUCACAUCUCACUUUGUGCAUCCGCACACGCUACCACCAAACAUCAUCACCAGCCACAUGCGCUUCAAUAAGGCUGAGCUGCAACGUCUGAUGCCAAAUGAUACAAUAUACAUCACAAUCUUGAGAGAGCCCGGCUCCAUGUUUGAGUCCUUGUUCAGUUACUACAACCAGUACUGUCAGAGUUUCAAGAGGGUUCCUAAUGGCUCACUAGAGACGUUCUUAGAGGAGCCCUUGCGCUACUACAGGCCAGAUGAGAAGGACUCCAUGUAUGCACGCAACACCUUGACCUUUGACUUGGGUGGAGACAAAGAUCGUCCAGCGACAGAUGUGGCUUAUGCACGAGUCUUUGUGGCAGAGGUGGAGCGAGUGUUCUCCCUGGUGAUGAUUGCUGAGUACUUUGAUGAGUCGCUGGUUCUACUUCGACAUCUCCUAUCCUGGGAUCUGGAUGACAUUUUGUAUGUUAAGCUCAACAUGCGGACACCAAGUUCCAAGCGGAGCCUGACUCCUGGUCUUCGUGCAAAGAUCCGGGCCUGGAAUUCCUUAGAUGCCCGUCUCUAUGACCACUUUAAUGCCUCAUUGUGGCACCGACUCUCUGCUUUGGGCCCAGCCUGUGUGGCAAGGGAAGUGCGACUCCUUCGUCGGGCUCAGGAGAGGCUGAUGAGAAGCUGUUUCGGUGGGCGGAUGCCACUUCUCCGUUCAGCUGCUCAAAUCAAAAACAAGGAUCUCCGCCCCUGGCAGCCUAGUGGAAAAGUCGACAUAGUGGGUUAUGACCUCCCAGUAAAUCUCAGCCACGGCUUCUCGAGCCAGGCUCAGGAGCUCUGCCUCAAGCUCAUCAUGCCAGAAGUCCAAUACACACGGGUGCUCCUACGCUCCCAGUCUCUGCGAUACCGUCGAGGCUAUCAGCUUCGGCCUCAACAGCAGUCACAUCCCCUCCAGCAGCCUGCUCGCACAGUCCUGCUUCGGCAUCAAGUCCACCGCAGCCAGCCACCACCCGCUGCUGCUCCAGUCCCUGCCUCAGGAACGGGGUCCACCUCCACCUCAAAGGCUGUUUCAGGAACUCAAGGUCAGGCAACAAAGCAAGGGCCUAAAUCCUCACAAAUUCAGUCCUCAUAGGCUGAAAAACAGACUUGAAAAUAAUCAGAGUGCCCAGCAGACUGCAUUGUUCAACUCAUCCUAACUCAUGAAGCUAUGAUUGUUGGCUGGUGUGGGAUUUUGGAAACAAGGCUGUCCUUGGGAAAAUGUUGGAUUUGUUCUUGAAUUAGUGUCUCUUAUGUUCCUUCCUGCCUUUGAGAUGACAAUAAAUAAAGGAAAAAAGGGGUUGGACAUAUCUGGACUUGAACUUGAAUCUCUCUCCUUUCUGGUCCGUCAGAUGGUAUCAGGGUUUGAAGGCACAAAAGCCGGAGGAACACUGGAACUAAACUGAAACCCUACUGCAUGCCUCUGCACCCCUGACUGCGGUGAAUGCGAGAGGGUUUUAGGUGAAAGUGGUCCUUUGAAGAAAAUCUGUUAUAUGCGUCUGGGACUCAAUAGGGAAGUGGCGAUAUCAGGCCUAUUGUGCAGCACAGAGUGUGCUUUGUGUGUAUCACACUGGGAUAGUAUUAUGUUACUUGUAUUUGUUCUCUGUUUCUCAAGCUCUCAUUCGCUCUCUCCCUAACAUAUGCCACUUAAAGUCCAUGAGGAGACGUAAUGACAUAAAGGGAUCGGCUGUCAGGCCUCCGAAGAGCUUCCUAAGAGGCCAGACAGGCAUUGAAAUCAGCUCCAACCAUUAAUAUGACAGCACAAAAACAACUCUUCUUUUUUUUUUUCUUACUAACUCUAGAACCUAAAGCAGUGGCGGGAGAGGGGAUAAAAAGGCCAGAGAGAUAGAGAAAGAUGAAGACUUUAUCCAAGGGGGCAAGCCUAAAAACUGCUGGAUACUCAAUUUAGCCACCCAUUAUCACUAUAAAUCCCACAGAGACUGAGCACACGUACAAAGCCUAUGUCUCGUCAGCGUUUUGACCUCCCUCGCUUCCUCCUAACAUCCUUCUCUCCAUUCACCACCUUGUCAUUGCUGCUGUUACCCUCUGGUCAGGCUCUCCAUCCAGCGAGAAACACUAACAUCGUUUUUCCUCACCCCGGUCUUCAUCGAACAGCUAGACGAGAUCACACCUCGCCUCGCGGAGACUUUAUGUUAAAGGCGAAGCUUCUAGAUGUGGGGAUUCAUUUUAAAGCUUGGGCGUUAUUGCAAUAAGAUCUCCAGGCCUUCACCCUCAUAUGAAAGGUGUAUAUUUAAUAACCUACCAGCAACCCCAUGUCACACAUACACUCAGACACACACUGGCACAAACAAAAACAUAAAACUCCUUGACAGGACAAAGACUUGAAGCCUGUGGAUCACAGUGUUUGAAUAUUUAAUCACCUCCUCUCACAGCCCGUCUAUGGCCCAGGUUCUAGGGUUACGCGGCUGUACAUUUUAAUUAAGGACAUGUUCAACCAGGUGAAAGCUGCUCAUUCUGGACCCUGAAGCACAGAAGGACAAAGAGAGAGUGAAUCUUAAAGCCUCUUAAGGCAGCUGGGCCAGCUGGGAUCUUAGAGAGUCUUCAUUUAUCUCGGCUGUGAUCCAUUUUUAAUGCUUUCUGCUCAUGUUUAAUGUGUCAUUUAUUUUCUUUUAUUACUCCAGUGAUCAGUGAGGUUCUGUUGAGGAAGUGGAGGAACAAUAUAGUUGUGAGGCUGUGUGAGAGAAUGUGUUUGAGCCAAGAAACGGUUUUCUCGGCUCCCGUUAUUUUCUUUUUUCCUGUGGCCUGCAAGAUUUAUUAAACUAUGUAUUAUUUAUUAUCGGGACUUAAUGAGUCCCAUUAUUGUAUUUUUAACUGUUAUUUUUCAUGAAUCACUGGAUAAAAACUGCUUUUCCAUCGAUUUGGUGGCCCAUCGUGUGUGCAGCUUACCUCUUCAGGCAGCAGAGAUGGAACAAGGCAUGCGGAAACGGUUUAAAAUAUUAAUUCUGUACAUGUUUUACAAAUGCAGAACUACAACAAACCGCACAUCGAAUCAACUUUAGUGGCUUCAGAGUUAAUCUCCCAUUCAGCAGCAUUAAGUGCUUAACCACACUUUGCUUUUGUGGUUUGAGUGUGUCAUACCACAGGUAACAAUAAUAAACACACACACACACACACGCUGCUGCUGCUGCUGCUGCUUUGACAGGGAUAAAAAAAACAACGAAGCCAUUGAGAAAUAAACGCAAAGAGAGGACACAGUUUUCUGAAGUGGCUGUGAGUGUGAAUGUGUGCAUGCAUGACAUUUUUUAUUUAUUAGACAUUUGAAAUGUGUUCGGAUAUGUGUAAAAAAAAUUCUUCAGGAUAUAUACGCUGUAAAUCGUGGGUAAACAUGAAGAAGGCUGUGGUUUUGUAUUUUCUUGCUCCCAUGAAAAGACCCAAACCAGCAAUAUGUAAAUUGGUCUGCCAACUUCCUGCUGUGAAAGCACACCAUAAAUUCCUAAAAAGGUUCACACAUAAGGUACUGGGCGAAAGUCUUGAGUCACCAUUCAUUUCUUUUUAUAUCGUUAGAAAAAAUGUUAAAUAGGUACGUAGAUUUAUUGAAACAUGGACACACAUCCAUGAAAAUACAUUAUAUAAGUUAAAAACAGAGUUUGUACAAUUCUAGCAAGCUUGAAAGUGAAUAUUUGGUAUGAUC